UAAAACACUAACUCUCUUGUUUUGACAAAUUAUGAUCUUUUGAUAGAACAAUUUUUUUUAGCCUUUAUGUCAGACUGAGAUUUUGGAGGUUAAGUAUGCUUGCAAAUCAUGCCAAUUCACUGAUGUAAUAUUUUGUUUUUCACACUGAUAUUUAGCACAUUACAUAACAGGUUUAUGUAUUUCUUCAGACUGUUGCUCUUUGCCCUGGCCACAUGGAGCUCAACCUCACAUGGCUCAGUUACGUGCUUUUAUAAGGAGUCAACAGUCCUCAUGAGUUUGUGAUAAUAUUGUGAACUGUGGACUACACCACAUGUGCAUUUCUGAUGUGGAUUUUUUAAAUCACCAGCGCAGAGAGACCUAUUGGAGAAUCAGUCUAUCAGUUCUGUUAAUGAUCACCUGCUCCCUUUACAUGAGCACAGUGGGAUGUGUGCAGUCUCUCAGUAGUGGGACUGUGGUUCAACAGUGAGGGUGUAGCAGAAGCCACCACUGAGUGAUUUAGAGAUUAGAUCGCUCUCUGCCUUCAGAGGACCUUACUGAAGGGCAGUCAUGCGCCUCAUUGGGUCCACUGUCCUUUUCUCUGUCCUGCUGCAGGCUAUGUCUGCUCCGACAGAGGACUGGCAGACGGCCACAUCUAUUUAUGACUUCUCGGCAACAGAUAUUGAUGGCAAUGUGGUCUCCCUAGAAAAAUAUAGGGGGAAUGUUGUCAUCAUCACCAAUGUUGCCUCUAAAUGAGGUAAAACCCCAGUAAACUACUCUCAGUUUGCGGAGAUGCACGCCAAGUACGCUGAGAGAGGUUUACGCAUCCUUGCCUUCCCUUCCAACCAGUUUGGGAACCAGGAGCCUGGCAAUGAAUCUCAAAUCAAACAGUUUGCCCAGUCUUACAACGCUCAGUUUGACAUGUUUGCUAAGAUUGAUGUGAACGGGCCCAAUGCUCACCCUCUGUGGAAGUGGAUGAAGGAGCAGCCCAAUGGGAAGGGCUUCCUUGGAAAUAGCAUCAAGUGGAAUUUUACUAAGUUUUUGAUCAAUAGGGAGGGGCAGGUGAUGAAGAGAUACGGACCCAUGGAUGAUCCAAGUGUGGUGGAGAAGGAUCUUCCCCGAUACCUUUAAACCUCCGAUGGAUGACUGAUAUCUCACUUACUUAUUCUCCAUCCACUCUGUUUUUUCACCGUCCCUUCCCCUCUUUUCUCUGCUUCUCUGAGCAUUGGUGGAUAUAGUUUGGAUCUAGCCCAGACCAGUGACGGUCUGUUCACAAACCCGCAUGGCGGACAGGACAGACCUGAUGAAAAUGGCGUGCAAACCUCCUGGGGGGAUUACCAAGCCUCUAUUCAUUAGUUUCUCUGGAGAGAAGGAGAAAAGAUCACUUAAUCCAUCAUUCAAACUUGUAGUAGAUUAAUGUGUACAAUCGUCUCCAUAAUAAAUUGCACUAAGAUUUUGUUUGAA